GUUUAAAUUUAAAUAAAAAUGAGUAAUUCUUUGAUGGGUAACAUGUUGGUAGAAUCUGUAAUGGAGAAAGCUAUUAAAGAUAAAAUGAAAGAAUAAUAAGCAAAAUAAUAGGAAGAAGAGAGAAGAAGAGCAGCAAGAAGAUAUUAUGAAGAAGAAGACGAAGACGAUUGUGAUGAUGAAGAUUUAAAAGAAAUGUUAAAAAAAAUGAGAGAACAAAGAGCUAAAGAAUUAUAAGAAGCUAUGCUUAAAAAGAAUUAAGGAUUUGGAGAAUAUAGAGAAAUUGUUGAAGAAGAAUUCUUACCAUCUGUUACUAAAUCAGAAUUUAGUGUUGUACAUUUCUUUCAUCGUGAUUUUGAAAGAUGUAAAAUUAUGGACAAACAUUUAUUAGCUAUUUCAUAAUAGUAAAAUAUUGUUUUAAUUUUUAAUAGACAUCCUGAAACUAAAUUUUAUAGUUUGAAUGCAGAAAAGGCACCCUUUUUUGUAAAUAAAUUAUAAAUACAAGUACUACCAACAGUAUGCUUAUUUGUUAAUGGAGUAUUAAAAAAUAGAAUUGUAGGAUUCGAAGAAAUGGGAGGAAGAGAUACUUUUGAAACAGGUACUUUAGCACAUAUGUAAUUUAUAAAAGAAAUUAUUUUAUUAGACUUUUAAGAUAUGGUAUGAUUAAAGUAAGAAAAGGUAGUGAUGAUGAAAACUCUUCGGAUGAAGAUAAGUGAUAUUUGAAUUAUUAAAUUAAUU